AUUAUCUUUGAAUUGCAGAGAAUGGAGUGGUGGAUAGUUUGUGUGAUGAACACUAUAUUUCUCUCACUUGGCUCAUGCUUUCCAGGCUGUGAACACUACUUAAACCGUCGCAAACAGGGAGUAUUUCACUAUGAUCGUCACUCAAGAUAUCAGCUAACAUACCAUAUAGCAGAAACCACAUGCCAGCAAGAUUUUGGGGCAACAUUAGCAACCCGAGACCAACUUUUGUCAGCAUUACAGUCUGGCCUUGAAGAAUGCAGAGCAGGAUGGAUAACAUCUGGAGAGGUUGCCUAUCCCAGGAUCCACAAACAUUGGAACUGCGAUACAUGUGGUGGAUUGCUUGAAGAACACACUGGGAGGUUCCAGAGCCCUGGAUUCCCUCAGUCAUAUGUGAGCAAUAUGAGCUGUACCUGGGUCAUUGAAGCUCCACUGGGUUAUUACAUUACACUGGACUUUAUAGCACUGGUUCUGGAGGAACACAAGAAUUGUCUAUAUGACCAUAUACUGGUGUAUGAUGGGAAAGAAAAUGAUGACAAGCUGCUUGGAAGGUUCUGUGGAUUGCAAAUUCCCCCCAAAAUCCGGACCAUGUCCAGUAAAAUGACAGUGAUCAUGAAGUCUGACUCAUCUGUUGAACUUGAUGGGUUUCUAGUGCAGUACAGAAUCGUCCAGCAUGCAUAUGAUGGUAUUCGUCUCAAAGGAGGGCAGAACUUACUCGAAGGUGAAGUUGAAUUUCAGUACAAGGGAAUAAGGGGAAGCAUUUGUGCCAAGAGGUGGACUAACAAAGAAGCCCAAGUGGUAUGUCGUCAGCUUGGGUAUUCAGGUCCUGCAGUAGCCACAAGAACUGUUGGACAAGAAAAUGUUGCCAUCUCUUUCGUUAUCUGCAAUGGCGAUGAGGAGGAUUUGCAGAACUGCAGCCUAAAAAAUACUGGAUUCUGUGGCACAAAAGAAAGAGCAGGUGUAUUGUGCCAAGUGUUUGAGUCCUGUGCAGCCUUGAAAAUUGCUGGCUUCCGGGAGUCUGGCCCAUAUACAAUAGAUCCUGAUGGUGUAGAACAGGGGGAGAAUCACUUCAAUGUUGAUUGUGAUAUGGAGUCUGACAGCACAACAGGUAUUACAGUGAUCAAACAUGACUCUGAAAGCAGAGAGAGAGUUUCUCCCUGUGCAGCUCCAGGAUGUUAUUCUAGGAUCAUCACAUAUAAAGGUGCUUCUGUGGAUCAACUUCGUUCACUGACAAGUGUAUCCGAGUCCUGUGAACAGUUUGUGAGGCUUGAGUGUCGGAAUAUCCAUUUUCUGAAUGGACCAUGGGGUUGGUGGGUCUCCAGUGAUGGACAGCAAAUAACUUCUUGGGGUGGAGCCACCACAAAUAGUGGAAGAUGUGCAUGUGGAGAAAAUGGUAACUGUGCUGUGGGGAUCAGUUCAUGUAACUGUGAUGCUAAUGACGAUGUUUGGAGGAUGGAUGAAGGAGCUUUAACAGACAAGUCAAUUUUGCCAGUUCGAGAAGUUAGAUUUGGAAAUACAAGGAAUGUGCCAAUGCAAAUGGCAUUUCACAAUAUAGGCAAAUUACGGUGCUGGGGAACAGUUUCAGAGCCCCCUGUCUUAGAGUCAUGUGCUGCUCUGAAAAAGACUGGUAUUUCAGACUCUGGGCGGUAUUCUAUUGAUCCAGAUGGUGUUAACCAUGGAGUUGACCAGUUUGAGGUGUACUGUGAUAUGUCGUCAGACUCAGGUAUAACUGUGAUAGGUCAUGACAGUGAGCGUCGCACUCGUGUAACGCCUUGCGAAGAAGCAGGAUGCUAUAGGUGGGAGCUUAAAUAUACUGCUAAUCUCUCACAGCUCAAUGCGCUCACUAAAGUAUCAGAAAGCUGUGAACAGUUUGUAAGGCUUGAUUGCCGUCACUUGCGUUUCCUCCAGUCUGGCUGGGGCUGGUGGGUUUCCUGGGAUGGAAAGAAGAUGAAUUACUGGGGAGGGGCUAAUCCGGCCUCUGGGGGCUGUGCAUGUGGAAAAUCAGGAACAUGUUCUUCACCGGAUAAAAUCUGUAACUGUGAUAGUAAUGACCACGUCUGGAGGACUGAUGAUGGAUUCCUACGUGACAAGGAGGCCCUUCCAGUGCAAGCUGUCCAUUUUGGUGAUACUGAUGAAUUUCCUGUUGAGAUGGCAUACCACACUAUCGGGAAACUGAGAUGUAGAGGUCAAGAGAUAUAGAUGCAGUUAUUGUUCUAUAUUGCACACGUGAUGUUCUGUUUUUUGUUUUGAAUGUUCUUAAAUUAAAUUGGGACCUUCUCUUUAAAGGAACACUAUAAACACCAAAACUAAUGUAUCUUUAAGAAGCAGUAACUUGCUCCUGCAGUCUCACUGCUCAGCUUAUCAACUUAGGAGUCAAAUAAUUUUUGUUUCUGUUUAUACAGCCUUAGCCACACCUCCCCUGACCGUGACUCACAUAGCCUGCAUUAAAAUAAUUAUUUAAUUUUCAAUCAGAUCCACACAGAUUGUUUAUUUUAGUUCUUAUUUUCUGCUCUGUUAAUUGAACUUUAAUCACACACAUAAUUAUUGGCAUUUAUAUAGUGCCUACUUAUAU